AUGGGCCGGCUGCGCUCUUCUCCCCGCUCCUUCCCGACUCCUCCAGACAGCCCACACCUUGAUGGCCUCAGUCCCCGCUGGAGACUUCCCCUGUUGGGCCAGCAGUACCUGGAUAUCCUGACCACCUGGUUCUGCAGCUUCCAGGAUUGCUGUGACCAUGGGGACUGCAGGGUCUCCAACAACUUCACAGGCCUACAGUCGGACCUGAGUGUGCAACUGCAUGGCCAGCACCUGGCCCAGGAGCUGGUCCCGACAACAGUGAGGAGCUACUUAGAGCUGCCCCGGCCAGACAAGGCUCUGGCUCUGUCGUUCCAUGGCUGGUCUGGCACAGGCAAGAACUUCGUGGCACGGCUGCUGGCAGAGAACCUGUACCGGGACGGGCUGAGGAGCGACUGUGUCAAGGUGUUCAUCACCCUGAUCCACUUCCCUCACCCCAAGUAUGUGGACCUGUACAAGGAGCAGCUGACAGACCAGGUGAGGAAGAUGCAGGAGCACUGCCACCAGACCCUGUUUAUUUUUGAUGAGGCUGAGAAGCUGCACCCAGGACUGCUGGAUGCCCUCGGGCCACACCUGGAACACCAGACCCCGGAGAACCACAGGGCUGAGGCCGUAAGAACCAUCUUUGUUUUUCUCAGUAACCUUGGAGGCAAUGUCAUCAAUGAGGUGGUCCUGGGUCUGCUUAAGGCUGGAUGGUCCCGGGAAGAUAUCACAAUGGAACACUUAGCGCCCCGCCUCCAGGCUGAGAUUGUAGCAUCCACAGACAGUGGCUUUGGCCACAGCCGCCUUGUGAAGGAAAACCUGAUAGACUUCUUUGUGCCCUUCCUGCCACUGGAGUACCGGCACGUUAGGCUGUGUGCACGUGAUGCAUUCCUGAGCCAGGACCUCCUGUACACAGAAGCAGCGCUGGACGAAAUCGCCAAGAUGAUGGUGUAUGUCCCCAAGGAGGAACAACUCUUUGCUUCUCAAGGAUGCAAAUCUGUUUCCCAGAGAAUUAACUAUUUCCUUCCUUGAGAGCAAGAUGAAAACUUCCUAAAGCUGCCUGCCUGCCACUAACAGGACCCUGGGGUCAGCAGACGUCCAGCACUCACUAAUACACAAGUGGUGUGUAAGAGGAGGGCCUUAAAUUAGAAGCCAGAGCCAAUUCCUAAAAUCACUUGGUGCCUUCAAGAGCCACAUUCCAAAAUGUGAGCCAGGUGGCUGGAGAAAGCCACGUGGGAAGAGAAACAUCCCAUAGGCUGCUUAGCAUCUCAGCCCUUGCCUGCACAUGCUUGGACUUGGGGGCUGCAGGAUUCUAGGUGGCAGACAGGGUGGGGUGGAGUGGCUUUCAAGUUGUUACUCCCUGAGGGAAGCUGAGCAGCUUGUAUCUGUGAGCAGAGCAGG